AUGGCUCCGAGCCCCUGGCCUGGCCUGCUGCUGCUGCUGUCCUGUGCAGUGACUCUGACCCCUAUGGGGUCUCGGUCCCUGGACCCCGGUCUCUCCCUCUUGAAGUCAUUGCUCUCGGCCCUGGAUCAGGCACCCCAGGGUUCCCUCAGCCGCUCGCAGGUCUCUACAUUCCUGGCCAAUAUUUCUACAUCCUUUGAGCUUGGGAGAAUGGGGGAGGGUCCAGUGGGAGAGCCCCCACCUCUCCAGCCCCCUGCCCUCCGGCUCCAUGACUUCCUAGUGACACUGAGAGGCAGCCGGGACUGGGAGCCAAUGCUGGGGCUAUUGGGGGAUGUGCUGGCCCUGCUGGGACAGGAGCAGACUCCCCGGGACUUUCUGGGGCACCAGGCCGGUGUGCUGGCCGGACUCGCAGAAGUGCUCUUGGGAGCCUUAAUUCCUGGAGGUCCCCCGGCCCCUACUCGACCACCAUGCACCCGAGAUGGACCCUCUGACUGUGUCCUGGUGGCUGACUGGCUCCCUUCUCUGCUGGUGUUGUUGGAAGGUACACGCUGGCAGGCACUGGUGCAGGUGCAGCCCGGGGUGGACCUGCUCAAUGCCACAGACCUCCAUGGGAGGGAACCAGCCCCUCACUUUUUGCAGGGGUUAUUGGGUUUGCUCACACCAACCGAGGAGCUGGGCUCUGAGGAGGCUCUUUGGGGUGGUCUGCUACGCACGGUGGGGGCUCCCCUCUACGCUGCCUUCCAGGAGGUGCUGCUCCGUGUCACUCGCUCUCUGCAGGAUGAGGUCUUUUCCGUCCUGGGACAACCAGAGCCUGAUGCUAAUGGGCAGUGCCAGGGAGCUAACCUCCAGCAGCUGCUGCUCUGGGGCGUCCGGCACAACCUCUCCUGGGACAUCCAGGCGCUGGGCUUUCUGUCUGGAUCGCCACCCCCACCCCCUGCUCUCCUCCACUGCCUGAGCAAGGGGGUGCCUCUGCCCAGGGCUUCCCAGCCCGCUGCCCACAUCAGCCCUCGCCAGCGGCGAGCUAUCUCUGUGGAGGCCCUCUGCGAGAACCACUCAGGCCCGGCACCCCCCUACAGCAUCUCCAACUUCUCCAUCCACUUGCUCUGCCAGCACGCCAGGCCAGCCACCCCACAACCCCCUCCCAGCACCGCUGCCAUCUGCCAGACAGCAGUGUGGUAUGCUGUCUCCUGGGCACCGGGCGCCCAAGGCUGGCUCCAGGCCUGCCAUGACCAGUUUCCCGAUCAGUUCCUUGAGGCCGUCUGUGGCAACCUCUCCUUCUCAGCCUUGUCCGGUCCUAACCGCCGCCUGGUAAAGCAGCUUUGUGCUGGCCUACUCCCGCCCCCCACAAACUGCCCUGAAGGCCUGCCCACCGUCCCCCUGACCCCAGACAUCUUCUGGGCCUGCUUCUUGGAGAACGAGACUCUAUGGGCUGAGCGGAUGUGUGGGGAGACAAGUCUCCAAGCUGUGCCCCCCAGCAACCAGGCUUGGGUUCACCAUGUGUGCCAGGGCCCCACGCCGGACAUCACUGACUUCCCACCGUGCCGCACAGGCCCCUGUGGGGAGCGCUGCCCAGAUGGGGGCAGCUUCCUGGUGAUGGUCUGUGCCAAUGACACUAUGUAUGAGGCCCUCGUCCCCUUCUGGCCUUGGCUCGCAGGCCAGUGCAGAAUCAGUCGUGGAGGCAACGACACUUGUUUCCUGGAUGGCCUCCUGGGCCCCCUUUUGCCCUCCCUGCCCCCGCUGGGACCAUCUCCACUCUGCCUGGCUCCAGGGCCCUUCCUGCUCGGCUUGCUAUCCCAGUUGCCCCGCUGUCAGUCUUCUGUGCCAGCCCUUGCCCACGCCACACGCCUACACUAUCUCCUUCGUCUGCUGACCUUCCUCCUGGGUCCAGGGGCUGGAGGGGCCGAGGCGCAGGGGAUGCUGGGCCAGGCCUUGCUGCUCUCCAGUCUCCCAGACAACUGUUCCUUCUGGGAUGCCUUCCGCCCAGAGGGCCGGCGGAGUAUUCUGCGGACCGUCGGGGAGUACCUGGAGCAGGAGGAGCCCCAGACCUCACUGGGCCUGGACCCUCCUGUGAGCCCGGACUCCGGAGUGAGCAAGAUGGAGCUGCUGGCCUGCUUUAGUCCUGUGUUGUGGGAUCUGCUCCAGAGGGAGAAGAGUGUUUGGGCUCUGCAGAUUCUCAUGCAGGAGUACCUGCACAUGCCCCCAGAAAAUCUCCAGCAGUUGGUGCUUUCAGCAGAGAGGGAGGCCGCUCAGAGCUUCUUGACCCUCAUGCACCGGUCUUGGGCCCAGCUACAGGUACCACCGUCCGAGGAGCCGGCUCUGGGUCGUCUGACAGCCCUGCUGCUUCAGCAGUACCCACGUCUCACUUCGCAGCUCUUCAUUGACUUGUCACCGCUCAUCCCUUUCCUGGCUGUCUCUGACUUGAUGCGCUUCCCACCAUCCCUGUUGGCCAACGACACUGUCCUAGCUGCUAUCCGGGAUUACAGCCCCGAAAUGAGACCUGAACAGAAGGAGGCUCUGGCAAAGAGACUGCUGGCCCCUGAGCUGUUUGGGGAAGUGCCUGCCUGGUCCCAGGAGCUGCUGUGGGCAGUAAUGCCUCUGCUUCCCCACCUCCCUUUGGAGAACUUUCUGCAGCUCAGCCCUCACCAGAUCCAGGCCCUGGAGGAUAGCUGGCCAGGGGCAGGCCUUGGCCCAGGGCAUGCCCGGCAUGUGCUACGCAAUCUGGUGAACCAGAGUGUCCAGGAUGGGGAGGAGCAGGUGCGCAGGCUGGGGUCCCUCGCCUGUUUCCUGAGCCCAGAGGAGCUGCAGAGCUUGGUACCUUUGAAUGACCCAAUGGGACCAGUAGAACGUGGGCUGCUGGAAUGUGCGGCCAACGGGACCCUCAGCCCACAAGGACGGGUGGCGUAUGAACUUCUGGGGGUGUUGCGCUCAGCUGGAGGAACUGUGCUGAGUCCCCCAGAGCUACGCGUCUGGGCCCCUCUCUUUCCUCAGCUGGGCCUCCGAUUCCUUCAGGAACUGUCAGAGCCCCAACUCAGAGCCAUGCUUCCUGCGCUGCAGGGAACCAGUAUCACACCUGCCCAGGCCGUCCUGCUGCUCGGACGGCUCCUCCCAAGGCAUGAUCUGUCCCUGGAAGAACUCUGCUCCCUGCACCCUCUGCUGCCGGGCCUUAGCCCGCAGACACUCCAAGCCAUCCCUCGAAGAGUUUUGAGUGGAGCCUGUCCCUGCCUGGGUCCUGAACUGUCUCGCCUCUCAGCCUGCCAGACGGCAGCACUGCUGCAGAGCUUCCGGGUGAAAGAUGGCCUUAAAAAUACGGGUACACCAGGCACCGGAGCAGUUGUGUGCAUCCCCGGUCAGCCCAGCGCCACCACCUGGCCAGAUUGCCUGCUUCCCUUGCUCCCAUUAAAGCUGCUUCAGCUGGACGCCGCAGCUCUUCUGGCUGACCGAAGGCACUACCGCUACCGUGAGCUGCUCUGGUCUGAACAGCAGGCACAGUUUCUCUGGAAGAAGAUGCAGGUGCCCACCAAGCCAACCCUUAGAAAUCUUCAGGCUCUAGGCACGCUGGCAGGGGGCAUGUCCUGUGAGUUUCUGCAGCGGAUCAACUCAAUGGCAGACUUCAUUGAAGUGGUGUAUCUGAUCUAUCAACUGCCCACUGGGGUUCGAGGAAGUUUGAGAAUCUGUAUCUGGGAGGAGCUACAGCGGAGAAUGGCAAUGCCGGAGCCAGAAUUGACAACCCUGGGACCUGAGCUGAGUGAGCUGGACACCAGGCUACUCCUUGAUCUACCGAUCCGCCUAAUGGACAGAUUGACCAAUGAAUCCAUUAUGUUAGUAGUCGAUCUGGUACAAGGAGCCCCAGAGCAGCUGCUGGCACUGACCCCACCUCAUCGAGCAGCCCUGGCAGAGAAAGCCCUGCAAAGCCUGGCUCCAGGGGAGGCUCCGGUCUCAAGGGAAGUGCUGGACGCACUGGGCCCCUUGGUUGGAUUCCUGGGGAUAGAAAGCACACGGCGGAUCCCUCUACAGACCUUGCUCUCCUGUCUCAGUCAGCUGCAGGACUACUGCCUGGGAGACUCAUUUGCUACCGAGCUGGGAUGGCUGCUGUUGCAGGAGCCUCUUCUUGGGAAGCCAGAGUUGUGGAGCCAGGAUGAAGUAGAACAAGUUGGACGCCUAGUCUUUACUCUCUCUACUGAGGCCAUUUCCUUGAUCCCCAGGGAGAUCCUGGGCCCAGAGACUCUGGAGCGACUGCUAGAGGAGCAGCAGAGCUGGGAGCAGAGCAGAGCUGGGCAGUUGUGUGGGGGCCCAGACCUGGCUCCCAAGAAAGCAGCCCUAGUAUCUGGGGUUGUCCGGCCAGUGGCAGGAGAUCUCCCAGAACCGGUGCCAAAUUGUGCAGAUAUUCGGGGGACUUUUCCAGCAGCCUGGUCUGCAACCCAGAUCGCAGAGAUGGAGCUCGCAGACUUUGAGGACUGCCUGGCACUCUUUGCAGCAGACCCAGGACUUGGGCCUGAGGAACUACAGGCAGCCAUGGGCAAGGCCAAGCAGUUGUGGGGCGCCCCCCGAGGAUUCCGUCCGGAGCAGAUCCUGCAGCUGGGUCGGCUCUUAAUAGGAUUAGGAGAUCGGGAACUCCAAGAGCUGACCCUGGUGGACUGGGGAGUGCUGAGCACCCUGGGACAGCUAGAUGGCUGGAGCUCCGCCCAGCUGCGGAUCGUGGUCUCCAGUUUCCUGCGGCAAAGUGGCCGGCACGUGAGCCAACUGGACUUCAUUCACUUGACGGCGCUGGGUUACACCCUCUGUGGACUGCGGCCAGAGGAGCUACAGCUUAUCAGCAGUUGGGAAUUUAGUCAAGCAGCCUUAUUCCUGGGCCACCUGCCUCUCCAGUGCUCUGAGGAGCAACUAGAAGUGCUGGCCCAGCUCCUUGUACUGCCUGGUGGCUUCGGUCCAGUCAGUAACUGGGGUCCGGAGAUCUUCACUGAAGUUGGCACAAUAGCAGCUGGGAUCCCAGACCUGGCGAUUUCAGCACUGCUGCGAGGGCAGAUCCAAGGUCUAACUCCACUUGCCAUUUCUGUCAUCCCUGCUCCUAAAUUUGCUGUGGUAUUCAGUCCCACACAGUUAUCUAGUCUCACCAGUGUCCAAGCUGUCUCCGUCACCCCUGAGCAAAUGGCCUUUUUGAGUCCUGAGCAGCGACAAGCUGUUGCAUGGGCCCAGCAUGAGGGGAAGGAAAGCCCAGAACAUCAGGGUCGAAGUACAGCCUCCGGCCUCCAGGACUGGCCACAGCUCUCCUGGGCCUUAGCAUCGACCAUAUACCUCCGUGGCCAACUCUUCUGA